GGGGAGUGUUGUGGCUCUGCCCGGGUUGCAUGGCUCUGUGUGGAGCCGCGUUCCGCGGGCGCUGAGGCGGAGGGGCUCCGCUGCGCGCCGCGCUUCGCUACGGCCCAGCGGCGCGCUGCCCGCUCGCCCGCCGGCCCCGCCGAGGUCACUAUCACAUGACAAAGGCUUUGAGACAGCUUCAUCUUCGUCUGUCUGUAAUUUCCAGUUGCCUUCCUGGGUCUUUCCCCAUCUUGGUCACUUUCUAAGUAAUUUUAAUGCUCAUAAAGUACCGGAGUAACAAGCCAGGAGAAGUCAUCCUAUCAUGUCAGUUCAGGAGAAGAUAGAUGUACUGAUGGAUGAACCAGAGCUGUAGGCAGAAUGGUAGACUGCUGCACCGAAAACAUUUCUGUGCCAGCUCUGUGACCGUGGAAGGCGAAGGAGGUCACAGUAAUGAAAGGCAGUAGUAGGAAUAAGGAUCAUUCGACAGAAGGAGAAGGAACUGGGAAGCGACCAAAAAGAAAGUGUCUUCAGUGGCAUCCCCUGCUUGCCAAGAAACUCCUUGACUUCUCUGAAGAAGAGGAGGAAGAAGAGGAAGAGGAAGAUAUUGAUAAGGUGCCGCUUCUUGGCGCUGAUGGCUUAGAGCAGGAUGCUGAUGAAACUGAAGAUGACGAGUCCUCAGAGCAACGAGCUCGCCGACCAAUGAAUGCAUUUCUCUUGUUCUGCAAACGCCAUCGCUCUCUUGUGCGAAAAGAACACCCUCGCCUCGAUAACCGUGGCGCAACCAAGAUCUUGGCAGAUUGGUGGGCUGUUCUAGAUCCAAAAGAAAAGCAGAAAUACACUGACAUGGCCAAGGAGUACAAAGAUGCGUUUAUGAAGGCGAAUCCAGGGUACAAGUGGUGCCCUACGACAAACAAACCUGUGAAAACCCAGACAUCUACUGUUACUAACAGGAAAAAGCUAUGGGCCUUUGCAUCAGACUCCGCAAAAGAUUUACCGAGCCCGAGAAAAGUCACAAAAAGUGAAGAAAUGCCACAGCUUAACUUCGGGAUGGCAGAUCCUACGCAAAUGGGAGGCCUCAGUAUGCUGCUUCUAGCAGGGGAACAUGCCCUGACUGCACAAGAGGUUUCCUCAAAUACUUGCCAGUCCGAUGCAGCUAAUUCUACAGAAGCCUGUCAGAAGUCAUCGUUGUUUCAGUUUGCAGAGAUCUCUUCAAGCACAUCACAGCCUGGAGUCCCAGGAGCUGUAAAACAAACUGAGGAGUCUGCAUUGUUUCAGUUUGCUGAGAUCUCAUCAAAUACUUCCCAGUUGUCAAGUCCUGAGCCACUAAAGCACUGUGGGAAGUCGGCACUCUUCCAGUUGGCAGAGAUUUCUUCAAGUACAUCGCAUUCAAGUCCUUCUGAUUUAACAAAACAGUGUGGAACAUCAGCAUUAUUUCAGCUGGCAGAGAUGUGCCUUGCUUCAGAAGGAGUAAAAGUGAAAGAACCUGGGAAAACAAAAGUGGAAGCACUGGAGGAUUUGGGAAAGGAAGUUCCAGAAGAAAUGGAAGUAGAAGAACUGGAACAAACAACAAUAAAAGACUCCUGUAAAGGAAAAGUAGAACAAUUGGAGAUGGAGAAAACGCAAAACCGGGAUGAGACAAAAGCUGAGGAAUCAGAAACUGCAAAGUGCAGAGAUUUUACUAGUCUUGCGAUGGAGAGCAGUCCUUUUGAGAGAAAUGAUAACACAAAGGAUCACAUGUGCUGUUCUCCUGAGCUUUCAAUGGCUGACAUGAAUAUCCUCGGGCUAAAGCCAGAAAAGAUAAAGAAGAAAAAGAAAAAAAAUAAGUUGGACCGGCACACAAAUGAAAAAUCCACCCCUAAGAAACCUUGUAAAAAGAGGCAGUCCUCAGAGUCGGACAUUGAAAGUGUAAUGUAUACAAUUGAAGCCGUUGCAAAGGGGGACUGGGGUGCUGAGAGACUCACGGAAACUCCCCGCAAAAAAAAUCGCCCUGUCUCAAAUGUGAAGGGAAGUGUGUUGGAUACAAAAUCACCAAAGAAAAAAGUGAAAUCGAAAGAGAAGAAGACGUCAAAGGAGAAACCCCCAGAGACCACCAAAGAAUCAAAGCCUCCCGAUUUCCUUAGUAUUGCAGCCAGCAAGGAAGUACCCUGUGAGGCUUCUGAUAACAUUAAAGUGGAACCACUGACCCCAACAGAGGAGGUGGUACCCCAAAGCUUACCAGGACAGGUCAAAACUGAGGACAGUGACUGUGUUAAAAAGAUAGAAACCUGUGGCUCCAGGAAAUCGGAGAGAUCUUGCAAAGGUGCUCUUUAUAAAACUCUGGUGUCAGAGGGCAUGCUUACAUCUCUGCGUGCUAACGUGGACAGAGGAAAAAGAAGCUCAGGAAAAGGCAACUCCUCAGAUCAUGAAGGAUGCUGGAAUGAAGAAAACUGGGCUUUUUCCCAAAGUGGGACAAGUGGGAACAAAAAACUGAAAAAGUCUAAGCCAAAGGAGGAGUUUGUUUUCGGCUUAGCAAAGUUGGAAGAAGAAUUUGAAAAGAAAUUCAACAGCCUCCCUCAAUACAGUCCUAUUACCUUUGACAGGAGAAAUUCAUCUGUUCCGAGGAAGAAGCGAAAGGUUGGAAGCAGCUCGUGUGAACAGCCAAAAUCCAGCAAAGGUUCAUUCCAGUCUCAGAAAAAGAACUUAUUCCACAAAAUUGUCAGCAAAUGUAAGCACAGAAAGGAGAAGCUUAAUGUUCCGGACACAGCCAUACUCUCAGAAGACAGAAAUUCCAGUGAGUCUGCCUGGAAGAAUAAAAUUUCUCUAUCAUCUGCCCUAAACACUCCAGAGCCAGCAAUGUUGCAUGAGCCUUUAGUUGGCAGCCAGAAAAGGAAAGCAAGAAAAACUAAGAUCACACAUCUUGUCCGAACAGCAGAUGGUCGAGUGUCACCAGCAGGAGGGACACUGGAGGAGAAGCCAAAAGAGCUGCCACAAAGUACUCCUCAAAAAACAUCAAGCGCAGAAACAGACUGCAAUAGUGAAUGCUCCAGAAAUGCAGAGACAGAAGAAAAUCAUAGUAUUACAUCAGAUAUGCCAGCGGUGUCUGCAUUUUUCAGCUUAGCUGCUCUGGCGGAAGUAGCAGCCAUGGAAAAUGUACACAGAAGUCAGAGGGCCACACCUCUCCCACAUGACGGACAGCCAAAUGAAAUGUCUCAGGCUCCAGUGCUUAUUUCCUGCGCUGACCAGUGAAGCUCCACUUUAUUGUAAAACAUUGUGCUUUACCUAAUAUCCUAGCCUUGUCUUUACCAAGGGAAGCUAGUCAGUCCAUAUGAUGGAAACUAUAGACUGCAAGCAAGUGUUUAUUGCUCUGAGUGGCCCAGAAUUCACUGGAAGCCAGACGUUAGCAACUUGGGCCAGGUCCUCAAAUCGGAACCCAGUAUGUAGGAGGGUGAUAUUAAUUGUUUAUUAAUGAACAGAAAUGGAAUGAUCCCAGAGCUUGCUUUCUAUCGAAGGCUUUUAAACAGUAAAUAGGUGGUUGGUGUGAAAAAGACUGCCUUUACUGUUAGCUCAUACAGCAUCUCUUUUACCAACCAGAGAGUACGGCAACUAGUUUCAUAUAAUACCUAGUUAUUCUAAAUGAAAAUGAAAAAAAAAAAAAAAACCAACAACAAAAACACUGACGCACUGCACUAGUUAUUAUUAGAUAUUCUUAGUCAUUUUUGUACAUGAAGAUUUAAGUUCUAAGAUGGUUUAUAUUAAUAGGUUAUGCCUACGUUUAUAUUGUAGAAUGAAUUUAAAACCUGUUCCAGAGAACUCAAGGCAGCCUGGACAGAUGUACCAUUGUUAGCGGUGUUUGGGCAGCCACGUGGUCCAGAUGUUCUGCACUUUUAUAUUUGCCACCGGAGUGGUAGAGUUUACUGGCAAAAAUUCUGACAGGCUAUGUUUGGGUUUGUUUCUUUUUAAUUUAGCUUUGAAUAACCAGGAUGAUGUGCAUUAGAAAAAGGAGUGGUGUAUGGAACAGAAAAUACAGCGGAUAAUUGACUUGUCUUUCAUGCCUUGGAGGGUUCCUUUGGUUUUGCAUAGAUCUCUGAGCGACUUGGUGAAACUUUCCUGUAAACAAAAAGUACUGCAAAUAUGUUUUUCAAAAGUGACCUUAGUAUUAUUUCACCGUUCUGAAAAACCUAAAACCGUGACUUUUCAAUAUACAUCUACACCAAUACACAUACCUUUGACAUUUUACAGACACUGGCAUUGUUGUAGCUACUAUGCACAGUCCAAAUCAGUGUCAGAGUUUGCGUAAAGGGCCAAUUACAGUUUGUGGUGGUAAAGUGGCAAGUUGCAUACAGAUAAACUACAACCGAAGAGUGACAUUUGACUGAAUUCAGACUACCAAACAAAUCCAUCUGCCAGUUUCUGUCUUUGCUUAUGUUGAAUUUUUGUGGUUUGCUCUCAUAAAUACAUCCCAAAAGCAGGCCAAGUGUAUCACUUGGCCUGUUACCUUCGCUAUCUUGACUUACACUAUCGUAUAACCAAGCAUUGAUUCCUACCAAUAGAUGCAAAACGAUCACUAGUAAUUGAUCUAAAGCUACAAAUUCAACAGGGUACUUCUUCUAUAGCACAAGAUGUUUCCCUACUCUUUGCAUUGUAGCACAACAAUUUACCAAAUUGGACUCCAGCAAUAAUUUUCUAUUAGUCUUCGUCAUACCGGCUGAACUUUUGAUAGUAUUAGAUUGAGUUUGAAGUUCUUUGAAUUAAGUCUUUAAAUGAUGCGAGUUUACAUCAUUCUAUCAGGCAUUCUUAUUUAUACUUGACUGAACUGAUAAUGUGUUUUGGGGUUAUUUUGUAACUAAUUCGAUGUAAUAGCCAUAUGGACAGUAACUCUUAUUAAUGCUUGCUAGGUUUAGCCUUUCAUUGCUGUGGUUAAGUGAAAGUCUUUGGUUCAGUGUCAGGAAACAAUGUACAACAUACCACACAAGUUGUAACGAAGGAUUAAAGUCUGACAAAAGGCAGGUAGCUGGGGAAGUGUCACUGAAACAGCACCAUCAAGGAUGCAGGUGUUGGAAGAAGGGAACAACAACAAAAGAAAAACAAAAAUUGUGAGUCAGUGAAAAGGCUUUUUAAAAAUUCAGGUGAAUAUAUGACUAAGAGCCCCUAGAAUGCCACUGCAGCCUAUGGCAGUAUUUUUAAUAAGAUUUUAUUAAAGUUUUAUAAGUUAUUUUAACAAGACAGGAAAAACUUAAAAGACUUAAAACUGUUGGGUCACAGCAAGGUGGCUGUUGGAGUUUUGGACCACUUUAUAAUUAGCUGAAAUCCAAAUAUGUUAUAGUGCAGGCCGUUCACGUUGACAAUGGUACUAACUUAUUUCUCUAGAAACCUUUAGAGUAGAUAUAUUUUUGUCAAAGCACCCCAUCCUUCCUCAAUUUAAAUUUCAAUAUUGUUCCUGAAGAUAUUUCUGUAUAUUAAUGGUACCUUUUUUAAAAGAAACAGAAAAUUACUUUUUUCUAUAUGAAUUAAUAUCUUACUUGAUCUGCUUUUCCUUGACUUUCCCUUAGAGAGGGGGUAGGGUUGGGUCAGUUUACUGGAUAUGACUGUUUUCAGAUACUUAUAAACCUUUUUGUAGAUAUGCUUAAUUUUUAAGCGAUUAGGCACUGAGAGUAGCAGAAAUCCUGCAAAGCUUUAUAGUUCACUAGGCAUUUGCCUUUGUUGGUUCUCUGAGUGAUGUCUUGAUUUCAGUAGCUAGAAUUUUUCCCUGAAUCUACUAGAAGGGGUAUCAGUAUUUUCAGGUAACAAAGUCUGUUAGCACAACAAAAAUUUCAGACCAAUAUCUUACUGUAUUGGGGUUGGGUUUUUUCCUUAUUUGUUUUGUUUUAAUUUUUAUUAAUUUCAGCUGCUUUCAUUUUGGAAAAUCUUAUUGCUAUUGUGUGUACUUCAGUAUACCAGCAAACACUGUUACCCAUUAACACAUUGUCCACAAAUGCCUCUAGAGAAGAAAUUGUUGCACCUUAUGUAUAUCUCAAGCAAACCAAAAUAUGAUGCUUUUCUGCUUUGUUUAUUCUGAAUAUGUUGUAUCAUACUUUACUGAACCCAUUUUAACUUAGCUAAAGCUAUCGAUAUUUAUGCAUUUCACAUUAUUUUCUGGAUCUGAACCUGUGUAUAAAUCUUUCUUUAAAAAAAAAAAAAAAAGAAAAGCAUUUACCGUAGUUGUCCUCUGUGACUUAUCCAUGGGAGGGGGGAAUCUUGUCUCAAGUGUAAAAUGCAGUACUGUCCCAGUUUUCCUUGGCUUUUAUUUAUUUAGUGAUCUUUGAUAUUUCAUAUGUAGUUUUGAGGUAUACAAAAUACAUUGUCGUAGCUGAAGCUACAUAUCUAAGCAGCUGGGAGAAAAUUACUGUAUUGUCUUCUUAAUUGUUCUAGUACUGUAUACAAAUAUGGGAAAAAUGUUCUGCAGAGCAUUUGAGAUGCAGAUUCUUAUCCCCGCAGUAGGUUUUUUUCCAGAUAGUAGACCAAAUCAAUCAAAACUCGAUGAUCUUAAAGGUCUUUUCCUGCGUAAAUGAUUCUGUGAUUCUGAAAACAUCUAUGGAGAUUACUUAAUGCUCUGCUUAUGGCAGUAACUACCCCUUGAAUGUGCUGUGAUUUCAGAAAUAGAAUAUAUUUAUUUAAGAUGAUUGAAUGCUCUUUUAUACUAAUACAGUAUCCCAAAGUCAUGAGCAAGAGACUUCUUGGUAGUUUGGGUUUCUAUUUUAUAGCAUUGGGGCAUGACUUUUGAAAUUAAAGUGAUAAGCGUUGUUGGAAAGGGGCACAGGAACAAGGGACUGGUAGAAGUGUCUGAACUUGUGUUUAAAUUCCAGCUUUGGUCUUUAUUAUUUGAGUGAAGGCUGCCUUUGUAGCACAAGGCUGAAGAGCACUCUGCAGUUUGUAUCAAGUAGAAACCCAAGAGAGUUGUAACUCACAUCGAAAUGAGGGAAUGCCUUAUAGUGUGGAUGCUGUCUUUUGGAACAGGAUAUUGAAUUGAAGCAGUUUUAAUUUCCACGGCUUGUUUAGCUGCUGUACGGAUACUGAAGAGACUGAAGGCAGCAGUUGUAGACGUGGGACAGCUAAGAGAGGGUGAAAGGAAAGCUGGUCUUUGUUCUCAGUAUGGCAAAGUUAUGGCAACAAACAGGAAUUAGGAAAAAAGAUAGAUGUGUGUAUAUAUAUAUGCGUGUGUGUGUAUGUGUGUGUGCGCCUGGGUGUGUACAUUCUGCAAAAAAAAUGUAGGAAAAACAAAAACAUGAUGGGUCUACAAGAGACUAUAACGUAUGUUGAGCCUUUGAGUGCACUCCCUUUUUUUGAAUGCUGAGUCUCAUAUGGCUACCUCUCCUAAAAGACUACUUUUGUUAACUUCCAUUUGCUUUCAGGCUUGAUCGUGUAAUCUUUUCAGCCGUUGAUACCAUUUGUAUAUCACUGUGUGCUUUAUACUUUCCAAGAGCAACAUUUAUAUAGCGCAGACAACGUAAAGGCUGACUAUACAGUGGUAGCCAAACAGUGUUGUUUAACCUCUGCCAUAGUCAUAUGAGUUGCAGGACGUGGGCCUGCUGGCUCUAGUUGGUUCAGUGAGAUCGUUUUUUGUAACAGCAGAGAAUGCAGUGCUCGUGGGGUUGCUGGACUUCAGAUAUCACCAGAGGUGACGCAGUAAGCCAAAUGCUGCUCUUGAAACUUACUCUGGAGUUUACAUUUGCAAUCCUGAUUUCGCAAGGAAAUAUAACUGUGCAGCUUGCGUGUUGUAUACCAUAUGUUAGCCAUUAGAUGCUGUUUGUUUGCCGUGCCUGUUUGAUAGGUCGUAGAGCUCCUAGGUAUCUUUGCCAUGUUUUGUAAUACUUGUGGCAUUCUCCUUACCUCAUACAUGUAGUGGAACUGUCACCUACGGCUGCCAGGAUGCUGAGGCACAUCAGGACACUUGAGUGCCGUGAGCGAAUGCAUUUAGGCUGUGAAAGAGUUACUUGCCUCCUCCCCUGAAUUCCCCAAUAAAAAGGCACAGUGAGGUUUAUGCACUCACCUAAGUACUAUUAUAGUCAUUUAUAUACUCAGUAUUUUCUACUGAAUUGACAACUUUGAAGAAGCUUAUGAGAUGGAUGUAUAUUUUAUGUUCCCCCACUAAUUCUUCUAAGGCAGAAAUCUGGGAAGACUUGACAUGAGAUCUCCACUCAGCAACACGCCUAAGUAUACGCUGAAAACCAUCCUUACUUAAGGGGCAGCAUUGUUAUUUGCACUGUGACAGUGCAGGAAGCCCCCAUUAUGGACCACUACACUCUUGGAGUUAGGCUUGGGCUUGCGUGAUAUUCCUGGGGGAGGCACGUCAUGGUGACCUAGGGCCUUCAUUGACAUGGAAUUUUAAAAAUGACUGCAAAUAGCUUAACAUUUAUUGAGUUCUUCCAAAGAAUUGUAUUGUAGUUUCUGGGUCUUGACUGUUACCGUAUACCAGCAGACCCACACUGUACUUCACUGGAAAAAAACACACCUGUACAGGCUAACCAGGCUUCCAAAUGUAAUGGUCUGUCCUAUUCUUUUCACCCCUACAACUGAAACCUUAUUUUCAUGCACACACUGCUACACUUUAAUCAGUGGUUGGGGCUUUGAAGGUGACAAAAGCAAGAGAGGCAUGUAUGUGCAUGUGUCUGCAUGUAUGUAUACAUAUGCGCACACACACACAUCAGAGCGCAGUGACUUGCAACAUGUUCUCUGUACAAAAGUGUUCCCGUGCUAGGUCAUGAGACAACAUGAGGUUUCUGAGACGACAGUUUUCUUGCUAGAUCUUGGUGUCUUUCCUUCACAUUACACCCUAAGGUGUGAUUUUUUAAAAUCACACCGGAAAAAAACCACAGAUCCUGCUGACCUGGAUGCUACAAAACCCUUCUUUCUCAGCGGUGCUUGCUUAUAAUAACCAGUAUCUGUGGACAGUUUUAACACAACUAGUUUGCCACAAUCUUUCCUCCUAGAGCCCAUUUCUUCAACUUUUAUUCUCACACACAAAUCCACUGAAUUUUGACCCACUGUUUGGAUUUAUCCUCUCCAAAGCUUGGUGUAAACAUGCCUUACAAUAGUUCAUCUCCAUCAAUGGUAUAACAGAGCUACUGCCUUCUUAGAUGUGUGUAGUUAAAAGUCAAUAAGCACAUUUGUAGAAUGUCAUACUUUCUUCAAAAACAUCUAAUUCGAUAUUUUUAAGUGCACAUGUUAAGCCAUGUGUAUAACAUGCUAAAGUACAUUAAACUGUGAUAAUGAAACUGAAUAAAAAAUUAAUAAAAUAUUUGAAAUAUUUGAUAAGGACCUUCAAAUAGAUUUAUGUUCGUUCUAUUUUGGUUAUCUAGUGUGUGCCUGUAAACAGUUUCCCAUUUAAAACUAAUGAUUGCAAAUAAAUACUAUUCAAACAGAGCUUCUUUGAUACUUCACCUGCUUUACUAUCAAAUGAUGGUUUAACAUAUGACUGAGUUAGCAGUAUUUGCAGAAUUUGUUUUUAGCUACAGUAUGAAUUUGUUGGCUUUUUUUAUACUUAAAAAGAAACAAGCUCGUUUUCCACCUGAAAAUGGAAGAUGCCAAAACCCAAAGAUGGAUCCUCAGAACUGUAAGCUGUAGUUUCCUGUCAGAUUAUCCGUUCAACUUCUACACAAUGACUAUAAAGAAGUCACAUAUUUUACAAAGAACUUCUGCCUAUUUGUUCUUGCUUACACAUGUCUAUUAUGGAAGCUUCCAUUCUUCUGAGCCUGGUUCAGCACUGUUGACAUUGUUGAAAAGAUCUGUAGAUCCAUGCCAGUGCCCCAGAAUUCGAUGGAUUUAUAUUGGCAUAAAGCUGGAGAUUGUGGGACAGAGAGCCAGGACUCCGUGCAGUUAGGUUGUGGGAGAAAAGUUUGCCUUUUCUCCUGAGCUUUCCAGGUGUCCAGUUCGCAGUUCUGGAUUUUAUCUUUGCACAGUUGGGAAGCUUGUUCAUAGUCAACACAAGUAUAAGAGAAGUCGUCUCACCUGAAGAAGCCCUUGCUAUGUUUUCUGUCUUUGGACACUAGGAGAACUUAGUCAGAAAUUGAUUCUUUUUUAGAAAUAAGUAGCAAGCGUCAUCAGUAUUUAAACUUAAAGGUCCCCACUACUUUGGAAACUUAUUUAAACCAGACUCUGUUCUGCCCAUCUUGAGGCUUGAAAAUGAGAUUGAUGGAGAUCUUGUCUUUUCCUGUCCUUGGAUGCCUGAAGCCUCCUUGAUUGCAGUGUGUUUUUCUGAUCACAGAAGACCCAAGUACAGACUUCAUGAAACCAGUAGACAUUGGUUGUUCACAUGGGAGCAGAACUCCUGUCUCUGAGUCAAAAGUAGCAGAAGGGAAGCCUUUAGGUGGAUUGUUUUUUUUUUUUUAAACUAUGUGCUAUUUACUCAGGGAAGAAGAAAUGUAAGCAAUCUUGCACUGCCUUUACUGGGUAUGCGUCAGUAUGUCUGCAAAGAAGCACCAGGAAUGGAGGAGCUUCAGCAUUAAAGGCCGUGUAAAGGUUGUACUUGGGGAAGGGGGAGAAAAGCUCUGAUUCAGUGAGCAAAAAAAGCUGGAAGAAAUCUUAAGAAAUACAUAUUCUCUUACUAUAGCAUGCCUAGUCAGUGACAUUGAAGUCACUAUUCUGGUUUUUUAUUACCAAAUUACCUUAAAACAGUCAUCUUCAUUCCUCGAACUCCCAUCUUUUCUCAUCUGCUUUCAUUUUGUUCUUCCAGCAAAAGACCCGCUGAAUUCAGCUAACUCUUGGUGCACCUAGGUCUGCUUUGUUACCCAGCUCUCAUUCAGGUUGCUUCUUGCAGCUGCAUGGCAUUACACUGACACUUUAUUAACUGUCAGGUAAGAUACAUUUCCACUUACACUUUUGGAAGAACACAGGGUGGAAAGGCAUCAUCCUCCUCAAGCACCGCACUUCUGCCAGACGUUCUCCCUUCGAUACCCUUUGUUGGGUCCUUUCAUUGUUCGUCCCAGAGAUUUUUAACGUGCUGUUAACCCUGCUUUCAAACAGACUUUUUUUUUUCCUACAGUGUGACAACAUUAAGCAAGACAAAGUAUACUUGAGCAUACAGUAACCAUGCUAUAUACAAGCUUGUGAAGCUGUCCAUUCUUCAGUAGGACACUAGCACUUUGUAACAAAAUACGAGACGCGUUUCUACAUCUGGUGCGAAGUUCUGUUUUGUUUUGUUUUGUUUUCAGAAAUAAAACCUAUAAGAUAUAACACCUACCAUCUAUUCAGUGUCAACUUCUUUUUGUGGACUGUUCUUGCCACAGCAACAGUUAAGAAAUUUAGCUCUAGUAUAGUUGUAUUUAAAAUGUACUCUAGAUUUCAGCUACGCUUCAUUGGUUACUUUCUGGUAGGAGAAAGUAACAUUAUAUCUUCAGCAGAAGUAAGCUAGCGCAAGAUGUAGCUGCCUCAACCCCAGCUGAAAAUCCAGCCUAUAUAAAGCAAUGCAAAAAGUUUAUUUCAUACAGAGCAGCACUUCAACCUAUUCGUCAGCCCGUGAAACAAGAGGAACUAGUUGAAAUAGACCUAAAAAUCAAGCCAGUUGAGUUGUCAGGCUUAGCACCGGAGUAUAAUUUUCUGAAUGCGAACACCUAAUACUCUCAUCCGCUCUGUAGUGUUUUGUUUAUUACUUUUGUUACCUUAGUGUUUGGAUACGGAGAAGUGUCAGGUGUAUUUAUUAUGGUUUGCACACUAAGCAAAGGCCAGUGUUGCCAUCAGACAACAUCCAGUUUAAGGAAAAAAAAAGGGGGAGGGGGAAGAAAAAAUUGGGCUGUCGGAAGAUGUCCCUCAAACCCAAAAGAAGUAUUGGGAAUACAUCUUGAAGUCAUGGCAGACCAUCAGGCUCCAAUCAGAUCAAUCUGAGCAUCAGUUCCCUUCCUUCCAAAGUCUGGGUGGCUUUCCUUAAUACCUGGUCAAAACCUAGAGUUAUGAUCUCAUGUCAGGCUUUCCUAGUAUGAAAAAUCUUGAUUCCUAGAUGUUUUCAUGAGUGACAUUCUUAAAAUUGCUGCUGGAGGUCUUAAGACUCAGCAGCCUGUUGCCAAAAGGUCUAGUAUGUUGGAUACCAACCUCAGAAAGUUUACCAUAAUGGGAUUUCUGUUCUAGUUGGGGCUCUCUAAAUGCUGCUCUCUUUUCACUGUGGAUUAUUAAAACAACUUACUGUCUUUCAGGAGUUAAGGAGAAUUUGGAAGUUGGAUAGUCCUAAUCUGUCUGGUAAUUUAAGAUACUUCGUUUUGGUGUCAGUGUCCAGUAAUAGUGGCUUUCGUAAUGCCACCGAGUCCUUCCACAGUGCUAGCUCUGAGCUAUGCACGUUGUGAUAAACCUGGUAACUUGAGUUAGUGUAUUUUCAGUCUUGCAGAACUAGCGACUUUGAUUCAGAAGGCUUGCAGCGCACCAUUGCCUUUAGCAUAGGUCAGGGUGAUGUAAUUUGAAGCAAAUUCAUUGCGUGUCUGACAGACGGUUCCCUGUUACAAUUUGAGACGUUCCAUCUGGUUUGGUCCUCGUUGGCACCCGUUCCUGCCCGUGGGUGAGCCUUUCCGGGACUCCCGGUUGUGGCGUUGGUCACGAGGCAGGGCUCUGGCAGGGGGAGACUCUUUCACCUCAGGCCUCCCAGCCUCUCCCCUUCGGGAUGGCAAACUGUCUCUAUGCCACAACUUUGUCCAUGCAGCUGGGAUCUCUUCUUGCCCGCAGCUGCUCAGGUAACAUUUUUGUAAAACAAAAUGAAACAAACCCAGCUGGGAACUUGAGGGUAAAGUCAGACCUUCAUGAACUUCCAGGUUCCAGCAGGCGGUUUGAGGGUGAGGGGUGUAACGUGUCCUCAGUUCGAGCAGCUAUGUAAAUUGUGUGCAGAGAUUGACAGGUUGUGGCAGCAACACUGGGUUUCCUUUUGUUUUGUAGAGCAGUGUUUUCUAAUGGAAGUAAGGUGGCAGGGAAAUUACUGUCACAGCAGAUGGACUAUUUCGUUGUCUUCAAGAGGUUCCAAUUUCAAGAGCGAGGUUUGCCAACCGGUCUGAAAAAAAAAAGACAAAUUGCAUUUCUAGUCUGUGGCUUGGAAUGGGUGCUGUGUUUUGCUUCAGUGACUGUAGUGAUAGUUUUUCAGUCAGAAGUAAUGUGUGGGCUACUUGAGGUGUGAUGCAGUCCCAUUAGCUUUUAGAUGACAGAUGUAUUUGGCACGUGGCGUAAGUGUUGCUAACAAGUGCUUCCCUGCAUGUAUGUCAUAAAUAAUACCAAGCAUUCAUCAUCAUUUUAAUCAGUGCUUAAGAAAAUUCUUCCUGCUGUGUUUCAAGAAAAUAUAUUGUGCUUGGCUGGCACAAGGUGUAGUUUUACCCUGGAAAGUAACGGAGGGAAGCAUUCACUGUGUGACUGUUUCAUCUUGGUACGUAGUUUUUUUCAAAACAUCUUUACCGGUAACUAUCUGUAGUGUACUGUAUUUAGGAUAUGGUUGAUUCAGCUCUGGGAUCUUUUAAAGUGAAGGUAACUACAUGCAGAAUUCCACACUGGCAAGGGAAUCUUUUAGGGAUGAAGGGUUGCUAAAGGGUGCCGUAUGCAAGUGCUGGAUCUCAUAAGAUGCAGGACAUACAAGAUGUAUGAUUGCAGACCGAGGAGCCAGGCUGUUGGCAGGUAUCAGCCCAGGUUCGCAGUGUAAUUGUGCUGACUUGGACGAAGGGAAAACAAAACAGCCUGUGGUUUCAGCUGCAUUCAAAGCCCAUUUGAUUCCCCGAGUCCAACACGUUGUCAUCGGCACCACAUGCUCUUGCCAGAGGGAGUUUGAGGGUUGCUGCGGCGGGAGGCUCCAUUGCUGUGCUGCUUGUCCUGAGCGUUUGCUCUUUGUCGGUUUUCUGCAGCUCAGUAUUUUUAACUUAUCCCUGGCUCUAAAGAUGGUCACGGGUGCCUAGAUCGGUCACAGCUGUGGUCUGGUGAUACUUGGUACAAUAGUGUUGUCCACUGACAGGUGCAGCACUGUAGAUUUAAGGCACCAAAGCGGUAACCAGCGGUUCUUGAGGCUUCCCGGGGUGGCCAAGGGCAGUUACUGCCUGCUUCGGGGUGUGGGUUUUACGGUGGCAGCGCUGGCAAGCCGGAGCGAGUCCCUUGGACAGACUCUGCUGCACUCAGAGUAUCCCUAGGUCGCUGACAGCUUCGCUUGGGCCAGGCUCUGGGAACACCAGAAACACAAAAAAAUCCUUAGAAAAGUCCUCAGGAAAGGGAAGCAGAAUUUUACACGGUUGCAUCCGUACGCGCAUAGCAACAGGAUCCAUUCAGUCUUUUAUGGCUUUUGUAUAAAAAUGGCCUGGAAUACACAAUGUUUGCUGCCACGAGCUCUGACAGCUGCACUACUCACACAGUGUGCUCUGUGCGCUUGGGUAUCUACCUGAUGGCAAAAUGUACCUGACAUGCCUUGGUCAUUGGGUGGUUAGAAGAACGAUAAUCUCCAUAUUAUCUGCAGGGCUGAGUCCUUACUUUAGCGUUUUCAAACAGAUAGCAUAUAUGCAGAUGUGUUUUUUGAAAUAACUAAUUUGUGAGGGUUGUACUCAUGGUAUAUGUUUCAUGUGUGAGAACCAUGAAAACACCAUAAUACGUAAGAGUCAAUCUGAAAGCAGUUUCAUAUUCACAGGCUCUGUUAAUCUCCAACUAAUUUAAAAAACCUAGACAAAAAAUAGAUGUGUGCUGUUCCACCUUGGCAAAGUGAUUUUAUAAUUGACAGCCAAGGGUUGCCAGCAGGGAUUUAAAAGCAUCUUUAAUAAUGAGAUAAAAAUGUAUUCUUAAAUAAAAAUUUCUGGGCUUUUAGACCAUUCAGAAUAUACUCCAAGUGCUUUGCAAGAUGAGUAAUUUUUUACUACUUUUGAUUAAUAGAACCACACGUACAGUUAGUUUAACAGUAUUCAAAUAAAUAGAAAAUAGUGGGUGUCAUUUUUUAGAUGCCAUGUGUUGCUUCAGACUUAGAUGGAGCCCCUUGGCAGCACUGGCCCAUCACACUUGGCAGUGCUUGGAGGAGGAUGUUGGUGGCAUGUCUGGAAUGUGCAGCUGCCUUUGGCAUCAAACCACCAUCCCAUAAAUCUCAGCUGUUGGAAACCCUUUGCCAUCAAGGUAGAAGGGGCAUAAACAGCAUAAAAGCUUUUAAAAGUAAGAGCUGAUUGGGUUUUGUCACUUUUGUCAAAUCUACUGUCCAACUGAAAAAGCUUUGUAUUUGAUAGAGACAAAUCUCCUUGCCCUAUGGUUUUGUUUAUGUUGCUGGAAGUUGGGAAUGUCAAGCGUCGCUUACAAAUUUCCCACAUUCCUUUUCAGUCAUCUUGCCUUUCCUCCCCUCCCUUUUCUUGAGCAGCUGAAAACUUGAUGGACAUCAGUAGCAAAACAUCCCGCUGAUUUUCAGUAGGAUGGGCAGUGUUCCACACCUUCCUGAGCUACUACACAGCUCUGAAAAACCCACAAAGAGUAGUUUUGUAAUUAGUGGUAUUUUAACAACAGUUUUCCCUAACAGUGGCUGAACAUCAAAUGCAGCUUCUGCAAAAAGAUAUAGGCACAAGGAGGUGGGAUCCUCCAGCAAAGUGGGUAGGGCAGCAAAGCUGGGCUCCCCAGGCCCUGCUCGCGCCCCGGCUUUCUGUAGGAAAGCCCAAGCAGCACCAGCAUUGGGAACCCAGCAGUCUUUUGACAUACGAUAAAUUAUUUCCUUCUCCUGACGGUUCAUUACUGAGAAUAGUUUCAUAGUUUAUGAGGAUUUGGCCUGUUUUAAUUUUCAGUGCAUGGCUUGUUAUCGCAACUAAUAUACCUCGAAGUCACAUGCUUUUCUUUUAAAAAUAAACCAAAACCCCCUUCAGCACUGCAUAUUAGACCUGCAAAGUUUGCGUUAACUCAUACUAAGCCUUAACUUGCAAAAUAAAACUCUUACUACAUUUCUAAAUUUCUUCCUUAGAGGGGGAAAAAAAGGCCCCAUACAAUUACAUUUUCUUUCUCCGUAAUUACCGAAGAAACUUUCAGAUCAAAUAAACAUAAUAACGGCUUUUCGAGUUAAGUUGCCCAUAUAGCCUCGCCUAAGCCAACAGGUACGCGUGGGGGCAGCCUGCGGCAUCAGGACCACGUUUACGUGAAGCACCGUUGCUUUCCCUCCGGAGAAGGCACCGUGGCUGUCGGGAAGCGCGGCGCAGCAGCCCCGCUGCAUCCCCACGGAUCAGAUGGGGAUGCCAGCUGACAGGUACGGACAGACCCCCUCAGCGCCCACUGCAGAAAGCUGCAGUAAGGGUUGCACCUGCAGAAUUCACAUACCAAAGUAAGAGCUGUUGCUCUGCACAUCUUGUCAGUCAGUAAAACGUUGCUUUUAAUUUCUGUACCUUUCCCCUACUUUUGUUGGAAAGCUGUCCUAGGCACUUUGCGUGACUGAGCUUGUGUCGAGUGAGCAGUUCUCUGUGGUUUCGAGUUGUUGCAGCUGAAGAUUCGAUGCUCGUUGUAGCAGCACCAGAUACUUGCCGUUGUUCUUUCUGGCCAUCUCCUUGAAGUACUGUGGUGGUGGUUGUCUUGAGGCCCUGUGUGCAUGGAGUUAUUGCUGAUGCAAAGACGUUUUUAUCCUCAUAUUAUUGUUGCUGGGUAUUGAUUUCAUCAAGAAACAUGAAAUUGGGAAGGGUGCCACAGACAUUCAUAAUUAAAUGUGUCACUAGAUGGUCUUUUCUAACCCAUGUAGAAUUUAUAAAUUGGGGGAAAAAAGAAUAAUUCAGGGUGUAGACAAGGCUGUAGGAAAGGCCAGCAUCUCCAUAAAUCAAAUUCUGUGUUUUCUGCUUGGGUGUUUGUGGUGAGGGCAGGUUAGCAAGCUGCCAAAUAACUGUUCACUGCAGAAAUGGUAAACGGAUGGAUUCCCACAGCCAUCCGUCGGUGAGCACGGCAGACUGCUGCUGCCGCUGCUGCUGUUUAUUCACUUCUUUUCGUUCCUUGUAAGUUGAUUGCUGUUAAUGUUGUUGUAUUAAUUGCGUACCGUAAGGCAGCUGGUAGGAGCUUGGUAUGUGAGGUCAGCUUUGGGCAAUUGUAUUUCAUUUAAUACAGUGUCACAGAUCAUCUUCAUAGUAGUGUUGGUAUUUCCUAAUGGUGUUUCAUCUCGGUGUUUGUGAGUGCCUGUUAAAUGUCCCAGGCUCAUAGCUUGGCUUUUUUUUCUUUUUUCUUUGAAUGCCCAGCCCGUGCAAGCUAUCAGCAAGAACCAGCAGAAAAUACUUAAAAGAUUCUGUGAUUCUUGUCACUGUGGGCGUUUUCUUGCUCAUUAUCAACUUGCCAACAAUUAGGCCAACAUUUUUCAAGAUGAGAAAAGGCUGAAGGAAAGCUUUCCGUGGCAGCUUUUGAAAUGUUAGGGUGAACAUUUCUCUGCGUUCUUCUUGAUUUGCUGCUCCCCAGUUUUUUUUCCAGGGGGACUGUAAAAGUAGACAGGCUUUUGAUGGUUUGUGAGGAAGAUGUAAGCUGACUGUUAACAGGAUGUCUGUAGAGCUUGUGUGUGUUCCUGGAAAAACAGCAAGCCAAGGCAGAAAAGCGAGCAGCCAGUCAGGAUAUUAAACGCAUCCUGGGUCGUGGCAGGAUGAGAUCUUGGCAGUAUUUACUGGCACAGACUCACAGGGCCAAAAGGGACCUGGAGACAUUAGCUAGAGAGUUUCUCUGCCCUAAGGCAGGUCAAGCUAUACUUACCACAUAGCUGACAGGUGGGCGUUGAACCUGUUCUUAAAGCCUUUAAUAGUGGAGACUCAACCAUUUCCCCACACGGUUUUUGACGCUGCUUGACUAUCUUUAUACUUUUUGAGGGUGGUUUAUUCCCCCAGUGCCUAAGUACAAAAUUUUAUGGUACAGGAGAAAAAGACAGCGUCCUCAAAAGAUGUUAGAUAGAGAAGCAUUUUAGCUGCUUUUGUAAAUACAACCUUAGAAAUAAUGAUGGGAUAAAAUCUGAGAUGAGAUUUUUCAAGGAGCGCCAGCCCAACUUUAUUGCUAGCCACAGGACUCCUCCAUGCCUUUGAAAAUCUCUUCCUUCAAAUGGUGUGUCAGGUUGACGGUUAAUAGCCAUAUCAGAGAGGUUCAAAGAGACCUUUCUCCUCGUGCUGUGUUUUCUGUCUAGCAGUUGCCUUUAAUUUUUUUUACAGAGUUCUGACAGUAAAAAAAAAAAAACAAACCAGAAAACCAAACCAAAAAAACCCAAAACAACCCAGCUUGCCAGCUUUUUCCUCAGUACCCUUUUUAGACACUACAAGUCCAUCACUAAAGCCAUAUUGCGAGGGGGAAACCAAAAGAGAACAGCAUCCAUUUCAUUAGGCAGCACUUGUGCCAGCCACACCGAGAGGCUGGUGAGCCUGCAGGCGCCGGAGCCCUCACUCUACAGCCAUCCUCUCGCUGCUGCCUCUGGGCUUGGAAAGGAGCAUUUUCCUGGCUGUCCUCUGGUGGGAUGCUGCUGGUGAGGCAUCACCUGCGCUCGCAGCAAGGUCCCUGCCUGGUGUCCGACCCGGCCUCUCCCUGGGAGACGUGGGAAAAGCUGCCCGCGAUGGUGUCAGCAGUGCAGUGACCAGGACAUCCCUGGGUCUCCGCUUUGGGACAGGGACUCCUGGCUGUACCUGCGAUACUUGCUCCGACUCCGCAAACAGGACUAGUGGAAUGAUUUUGAAACACUUAGGAGACUAAUGGAGCAAGUCCAAUGUGUUAGCAAGAGCAGUGCGCUCCCUUGCUGACGGUGCACUGAUUUACCGGGGGCGAUGCCACAGUUUGCUGAGGAGUCUCGGAGGGACAGAGCGUGCUUUUCUCCGUGAAGAAUACCCAUUACUGGGAACAGGCACCCAAUGGGGAAGCAAAGGGGAGAGCACAUCCCUCAAGCAAGGGGUGGAAUUGCCUUCAUUUUCUGCCCGUGCCAGGCUGUCGGGAAGCUCCCUGCCUGCACUCGCAGUCGUUGUGCCUGGCACCAGGUCAGGGUUUCGCUGCACUCAGCAGAAGGUGUAGGCUUGCAAGAAAUGGGUCAGCAAACCUCUUCCACACUAAUGGUCCAGGCACCAGACAAAGGUCGUCCCGGCUGCGCUGGCAUGCUGCUGGGACCUAGCCCCAGGUCCUACCAGCCCUGCUCUUCUUCGGCGUGGCCCCACACAGCUCAGAGGUGGGAGGAGGCAAGGGCAGAGUCCCCUGGCUCCAGCAGCAGCUGCGUUAGCACCUUCUGCAACAUGUGGCAGCCUCUUGUCAGGCCCCACGCUGCCAUGGCAGGGGCCGGUGUAACCACCAAGGGCUGCACAGGGUGCUGGGUGCUGCUGAGCACCGGCCGUGCAUGUCUGUGGCUUUGCAACCCCGUCAAGAAACGGCAGCAAGCAAUGGCGGAGGUGGCCCUGCAGGUGCUGCCGGAAGCGUGCAGAGCCCGUCAGUUGCCGUUGUGGCCCCAAGGUCCCCUUUAAGCUGCUCCGUGUGGUGGUACGGACUCGGGCACUGACACCCAGGGGAGGUGCAGCAAAGAAAAGCAGGGACUGGGUGCUGUAUUGAAGAGCUGAAAUAAGUGAUGCCAUGAGCAGGACACAAAGCAGAGGCCCCAGAAACAUUGGCCUCCUGUAGGUGCUUGCUCCAGGUGACACCUGGCCAAGUUCGGGGCAUGGAUAUGACAAGGAACCUAGAUGAGUGAGGGACCCAAGUCUGUUUAGUUCCAGUAAGAGCCUUUGAUGAAACCCAGUGCAACUGCGUACCAACCAAAGGCUGACUUCUUAAGGACAGUAUCUCCACAGACAACCUCCUGCGAUAGUUGGCAAUCUCAGAAUGUUGAGAGAAAAAGCAUUUAAUGGCUAAAAAGGAAACGGGUGCAACAGAGCAGUUCAGAACAUGCAAUUUCCUCAACAACCUUCUGAGUGGAAGAAAUGGCACUAUAAAACACGAAACGAAGUGUGCAGAAGGAAUGAACUGAUUUUCCCCAAACCCAGUAAUCACCCUGGCAAGGAUGGCCCAGCGCUUGGAGUUUUUGGCUCCUGGUUUCACACACAAACUAUGAAAUACAGUGGAUGCCUAUCAAACUGCGCUUCAGUUGCAAAUUAACCAAUAUGUUCAGCAGUCCCCGGCUUUCAUGAUUGAUCUAAUCUUCAGCAAUGCCUGGAAAAGGAAGAGUGUUUUCCUGCGUGUUUCACUGUUUCUCUCCUGCUCCAAUAGACUCCUAAUCCCUCGUGUUCUCCUGGUUUCCUUGCUCCUGCUCAGCCCUAGCAACCCUACCCAGGAUAAGCAGAAAUAGGUUCCAGUGGAGUCAAAAGCAACAAAAAAGGCUGCACUUUGCAGCAGAUCAACCUGCGCCUGACUUCCAAAUUACACCCUUUUCCUUGGUAGUCAAAAAAACACAAGCGCAGCCAGUAAAGACGAAUCUUUAGUUGAUUUUGUAUCCAAUGUAAGUGCUUCUCAUAAAAUUUGCCUUUAUUUUUUCUCCUUCCCAGCAGAGCAGGGUUCUUCUUGUAUUUUCCUUGCUGUUGAGUAUCAGCGUGUGCUUUGAGUCCUGUAGAGCUGAACAGGAAUCACUAACAGAAUUGAAAAAUAACACUGAUCCUGUAACCCUUGCAGGCACAAAAUUUUAACCAAAAUACAAGAAAAGGGGUAUUUCCAUUCUGUGGUGCUUGCACGUCCAUCUGUGUAACCACCAAGGGUAAAGCAAGGUCCAGAUGCAUACGUAAGAUGAAGUAAUACUCCAUGGCGAUGCAAAGACUAAAGUGACUGAGAUUUAAACAGUGUCCGUACACAGUGGCUUUCCCAGCAUAGGCAGAAGAAUUUACAUCGUGCACUGCACAGGUCAGGUUCUAGCUUUUGUGUGUCCCUCUCUUCUUAUGGUACUUACCUGGGUGCUCAGUUUGGGUACCUGGAUGAGACAAAGGAUACCUGCUGCUUGGACAGCUAAAAUUGCUUCUGAGGCCACUAUGAAAUAUCAAUCAGGAAUUUUCUGGCUUUACUGUUUGAUAAGCAGAGAUGCAGAGGGUAAUGCUGACUUCAGCAAGGAUGUGUGUGCCUGGCGUAGUGCUAGGGACAGGUAUGAUUUUAAAUACAGUCCAUCCUUUGUCCUCUAAUACUGCAAAUACAUGCUGUUCCAUCAGGGCAUCCUCCUUUAAAAAUACCCAUUUUUAAGCCCCCCUAUCAAAAUGCCAGGCUUAUUAUGGGAAACAGUUUAUUUAUUGCCACAUGUUUCUGGAUACCCGUUUUCUGCUACACUCAAAAGACGGCUUCUGUUGAGGGUGUGUCGUAGGCUUUGGUCAGAUGUCGGUGCUCGUACUGGAGGUCAUUCUGCCCGGUGGCCUGUGCCAGGCCAGGGGUCCUGGGGGAGCAGAGCAGUCCCUCGCCCUCGUGGGACCGUGCCGAGUCACGCGGGCUGGAUCCUGGCUUGGCAGGUCACAAGGCAGCGUUGCAGGCUGGGGGGGAUACCUGGGCACGUGUGAAGACAGAGCCAAAGCCAGAAACAUCCCUCUCUCCCCCCCCAGCCUUCUUUCUCCGCCGGAUUUUCUGCCCGAGUGGGAGACCCCUGUGCUUGCACUGCGGUGUUUCGGGUCUUUCCUGGGUCUGAGACACUUACUUCAUGCAAACCCGGCUCCUCACCACUGGGGUGGUACCCAAAGUAGAGUGACUGUGUAUCAGAGUGUCAUCACUGAUUUGGGAAAAGGUUUCUAGAAGCCCUUAUGGCAAGAAACGUGUUAAGUGACAUCAGCAUCAUGAACAAAAGUGAUGUAGCACUUCAGGAUCAGCCAAAGCCUGGGGAGGGUUGGGCUGAGAGCAAAAUGCCAUCGCUUAUGAAAGAGGCCUUGUCCCUCAAUGCCUGUUUUUCAUAGAAAAUCCCAUCAGAGGAGGUGCUGUCCCUCUGCGUGUGCAUGCUCCCGCUUUGCCUUUGUGAGUGGACCCCAAGGUGCAAACGGGGAGCAGACUGGGAACAGGUGGCACAAAAGGCACCCUUGGUCUUGCCGGGUCCUAACGAUGUCCCCAGCAAAUGUCUCUCCCUUCCCCGUCCCCUGCUCAAUGGCUUGGGCUUGGCUCUGCUGCCUGCCCGCCUGCUGCGGGGAGCGCGAGGACGAAGUAGCCCGGCUGGAGAUCUGGCCCAAAAUGUGUUAAAAGCAUUUCCUCAAAUAGUUGGGUUUAAUUUUAAUAAGUCAUAUUUAGUAGCCCUCACGACACUGGCUGUGGGAGAGGGAAAGGUUAUGCCCUAAAAAUAAAAUUGGAUGGAUGGAUGGAUGGAUGGAUGGAUGGAUGUGUGAAGGACUGCUGAGAGUUUGGUGUGGGGUGAGAGGCAUCACAUCUUCCUUAGAGAGAGGAGCCCUUGCGACACGGAUUGAACAAUGGGGGUGGGGGGUGGCAGGGGAAGCACUUUGACUGAGAAAUAUUCUUUUAGAUGAAACAACAAAACUCUGCAUGCACAUACAGACUAGAUCUUCGUAACGCGGCCAGGCUUUGACAGUGUACUGCAGCAUUAUUGCUAUUUAUAAUCAACAAUUACUAACACUAUAAUCCAGUAAACUUAGUGGUAGCAAUUACAGCAACAUAAAUAGCAAUCCAGAUGACUAAAGGCAUUGCUGUCAAUGCGGAUGGCAGCUAUAGCAUUAGAAAAAAAAUUGGAGGGAAGAUAUCGGAAGUCGAUAUGCGAGCUUGGGUCUGCUAGUCUUUUAUAUACCAUUUUUAAUAUACUUCCUGAAAUGAAGCUUUGGAAAGGUACACUGCCUCUUUAAAAUUAGUCUAGGAACUACAGGUAGUUCACAUUAUUUUUAAAAUAAUAAAUCUAUAUAUAUCUAUAUUAAAAUAUAUAUGUAUACAUAAGUUGGCUAGCCUACCUUGUGGAAAGGCUGCAGCUAAACUAAGUCUGAGCUAAUAUUGUAUUACCAUGGUCUUCUGGUUUGUAGAUAGCCCUUCCUUAUUAGAUGAGGUUCUGUUCUUGCUCCACAGAAGGUGCCUGUGUAUAUAACUCCUUUGUAUUGCUUUCUGCAGAGUCCCUUAUAUAUUUCUUACUACUAAUGCUGUGUAGAAAAGAAAAUCCAGAGAUUUUACUACUGAUAAUUAACCAUAUAAUGGCCAUUAGCAAAAUAAAGAUUUAGUUGUUUGGGAAACAGAUUAUUUAUAUUGUGUAUGGUUUAUUGCCUGAUAACUUGUUUGGUGACUGGAUAUUCUUUUCCUUCUCCUGGUCCUUUUCUGCUUUUUCCAGCUAUGGUGUUUACUCCUCACUUUGAUUAUCUAGCAGGCAAUAAAGUAUAUUGUAUGU